AUCGCAACCACAAUCGCAACUUGCAUAACAUUGGCAAUUUCAAGCUUGACCAUAGAGACGCUGUCCUGGGCAAAGUGAGAAUUGUACUCAGACUUAAACGCUGGGCAGCAAUUAGAGCUCAGGCCGUACCUUUGCCCAAUUUUUCCCGUUGGUGGUGACAGUCCCAAUUACCCCUCCUAAAAUGACAGACCCUCAACCACCCCCCGUUCCUGCCAUCUCUGCGCACCACCACCCCGCAGUCGCAGCAGGCGCAAGUGAAAGUGAACCACCCGCCAAACGUCAACGUCUUCUCUCCAACUCUUCUCCGCCUCAACAGGUACAACCCUCCUCCAGCAUGUCGGAUACCUCCAUCACGAUGGCCACCUCUGACCCAAAUUUUACCUCUACUCCUCAAUUGAAGGGUGAGGACACCACUGGUACGACGGCGACGGCAAUUGAUGUCAAUCGCGCUGAGCCCAACAGUCGCGAGGCGGCGAUUGGUAUCAUCCAUUUCCUGACCACCUCCAAUUCUGGAUUCUGUGGCACUUUGAAGCAAAGGUAUAUUAUGACUUCCUCUCUCUUUCUUUACGUCGGCGACUUGUUAUUUACUCUCGUAUUCUAUCUCUUUGCGCGCUUUUGAGGAGCGAUGGUUUGGUGGUGUGUCAACUCAAAUUCACCUUUGAUGAUGGUCAGACAUGCACCCUUGCGAUUUCUUGCUGGUAUUUCUUUGCGCUUCAGUCUCUUUCCUAUCGUGACUCUUCAAUCAUUUUAUGGUUACUCCAUUCGUAGCGUUCAAAGCAGAUGUUUUGCCUUGUCGUCUUGUCUUGUUGCCCUCACCUUUACCUUCACCCAGAAAGUACAAAGCUAAUAUAGACCACCACCUAGAUACACUGACUUUAUUGUCAAUGAAAUCACACCUGACGGAUCUGUUGUUCACCUUACUGAUACUAGGGCUUUGAGCUAUGUCAAAUCUGAAGAAGUGAGUCACCUGUAUCCCGUGUUGACUCACAGCACCAUUUUUAGCAAUCGCAAGAUGAAUUUCUGACAGUUGAAUAGGCCAAGUCCCAAGAGCAAUCUCAACCCAAGGAAAAGGUUCCAGAGCAAGCUGCUGCUACUGCUGAUGGUGGUGCCGUUGUCGCUGAUACCACUGCUCCUGAUGUCACCACCGCUAAGGCAGAGCUCGCUGAAGGUGAAUCUCUGCCAGCAGCAAAUGUCAUCGCAGAGGCGCCAAAAGUGGAGUCUGCGGCCCCUCCAGCAACAAUCGAAGCUAAGGACUCGCCCGACACCCCCGAGAAUCGUGAGAAAUUAUCCGCCCUCAUCGGACCCGAAAGCACUCAAAAGGUGUUUGAUAUGUUUGCGGCAAUUCUCAAGAAUCCCAACGCCAAAACCUCCUUUUUUGGAAAAGUCUUGCUUGAACCCAUGACCGAUCGCACCAAGCGUGGCAAUAUCCACACUCUCAUCCGUCACCUAUUCCUGGGAAAAAUGCAAUCAAUGACCGACAAGUUCGAUGUGAUCAGCAUCAUUGCUGGCCCUCCAUCCUCCCGACGACCAAAAUCCGAGCCCAAGCCCAAUGCUCGUAAUACCCGAGUCAAAGGCCAUGGCCGAAACCAAGUACCACAGGGCAAGGCUGGCUGGAAUGAGCUUGGUGGAGAAUAUUUACACUUUACAUUGUAUAAGGAAAAUAAGGACACAAUGGAGUGUAUCUAUUUCCUGUCCAGACUCAUGAAGGUCAAUACAAAAGACUUCGCCUUCUCUGGUACCAAGGAUCGACGGGCAGUGACCUCGCAGAGAGUUAGUGUGUUCCGACAAGUAUCUCAGACCAUGGCAAACCUCAAUCGCCCGCACGUCCUUCGACAGGCUCGCAUUGGCAACUUUAAGCACGAGAAGUUCAGCCUCGAAUUGGGUGAACUUUAUGGUAACCAAUUUACAAUCACUCUUAGAGAUUGUCACUUCACCGGUGAAGAUGGCCUUGAUCACCCAGCAAGAAUUUUACUGGCAAAACAAAUUGUUGGUGAUUCGGUUGCUCAUCUCCAAGCCGAGGGUUUCAUCAACUAUUAUGGCCUUCAACGCUUUGGUACACAUGCCAUAGGCACAGAUGAAAUUGGCAAGUUGAUUCUACAAGGAAAUUUCACCAAAGCAGUUUUUGCGAUCUUGCAGUGUAGCAAAGAGUCUGAGGAUUGUGUUUUGAGAGGCGCAUCAACCGCUGGUGUUAAUCAAGACGAUAUUGCUAGGACUCAAGCUAUUCUCCAAUGGCAGAAUGAUCGAAAGAGUCCAGCUGCAUUGAGCCAAAUCCCUAGGAGAUACCACGCGGAGAGUACGGUGAUCAGAUGCUUGGCAUCCAAACACAACCCAUCAGAACAUGAUUGUUUGAAUGCACUCCUUAUAAUUCCGAGAAACCUCCGCACAAUGUACGUUCAUGCUUAUCAAUCAAAGGUAUGGAACUUGGCUGCCAGUGAGCGUUGGUCUCGAUAUGGCAUGAAGGUUAUUGAAGGAGACCUUGUUUUGGUCAAUACUCCUGCAGCUAUUGCAAAUGCCAACCGAGAUGAGAUUGACGAGAAUGGUGAAGUUGUCGUACAUCCUGCAAACGACGAUGCGGCAUACACACAAAACGAUAUCUUUCAACGUGCACGAGCUCUUUCCGCAGAAGAGGCGGCCAGUGGAGGUUAUACCGUAUAUGAUGUCGUCCUCCCGACUCCUGGUUUCGAUAUCGAGUACCCUCUCAAUGACAUUGGAGAUUUCUAUAAGGAGUGGAUGGGAAGUGAGGAGGGAGGAAAGUUAGACCCCGGUAACAUGCGCCGUCAGAACAGAGACUUUAGUCUUAGCGGAAGCUAUCGCAAAUUCUUGGCUCAUAUUGGAAAAGAUAUGACAUUCGAGGUUAAGUCUUACCAUGAGGCAACUGAGCAAUUUGUACAAACUGAUGGAGAUUUGCUGGACAAAGCUAAGCCCGCCCGCCCACAACAACCCAAAACUGAUGGUCAGCAACGCAAUAAUGGUAGAAAUGAUGCUAGAGGUGUUGCCAGCAAUGGUUCUCGCGGCGAUGUCAGAAGUGGAGUUGUACAGCAACUCAACAACCAAAGAAACUCUGCUAAUGUCGACUCGUCACGAUCCAAGAAUGAAUAUCUUGGCACUCCCGCCCAUAAUGCUUGGCUCAACGCAGCAGCAAUAAUUAAGGAGCAAGACAAAGCUGCUAUUGCUGCUAGCAACGCUGCACACCAAGCCGCUUUGGCUGAAGGUAGCUACAAGUUGCCUGUAAUGAAGGAGACGUUUAUUGAAGCAUCUACUGAUGGCUCGCUCAUCAGAACGAAGGGUGCCGCAAGAGUUACUACUAUUCCUAGUACGCCAGCACGUCAGCCUGUAGCAGAAGCAAACGGUGUAGCUUCACCCGCGCUUCCACCUCCACCCCCUCCUACUCCUGCCACCGAUGCUCCUAACCCAGCUGUCAGUGCCUUGAAUACUCCAAUCAAUGCUGAAGAAGCAAACAAUGAUUUGACCACUCUUGUUGAGAAACCUGAAGUAGAGCCGGUUGAGAUCAACAAGCCUAUUCAGGAUGGUCUCAAGCCAAAGACUUCGACUACUUCUCUCGUCUCCUCUAUCGAUCCAGACGAUGGUGGUGCAAACUUGCAUGAUGCAGCUGCCGGAAGUUCCAAUGGCGUCAAGGAAGACGCUGAUAGGUCGGAGGUCAAUAAAAAGAAAAAUGUCGAAGAGUCUGGUUCCCUCAAACGAAACCACGACAAGAUUUCCAAGGGUGAUUCUGGUGGUCAAUCGAAUUCUGAUGCUUCUCCAGCAAAGAUUGCCGUCGUUGUCAAGUUCUCACUUGGCUCCAGCCAAUAUGCGACCAUCGCUCUACGCGAGUUGAUGAAGCAAGGAGGUGUCAAGACGUACAAGCCUGAAUUUACCAACGCUUCUUGAAGUGAUGGUGUCGUGUUUCGCAGAGUCAACAAUUAUGUUUCUUCCUGGGCAAUGAAAGAAUGAAUUUCUGCAUAGAAAUGGCAUAGUUUGAUUUGUGCUCUGCACGUUUAUGUUGUUUUUUCAUAAUCGGCAUUGGCGUUUACUGAUCUGCAUGAUGGAGAAAAAACCUGGGUGGGUGGCUUUUAUGUGUGUCUAUUUGGGCAUUUGUACAAAUGGUACAUGAUGGGAAAAAUGAGUGUUCAUCAGAGAUAAACCCGAUUUAAGGAUUGAUACUGUGUGUCGAUUGGUUUGGCUUUGUUCUAUUGCCUUGCUUUCCUGUGGGGGGGUUUAGAUUGAGAUUGAUUCCAUAGAUAUUCAAU